UUUAAAAAACCGUAUUGGGAUUCCACUGAUUUUUUUGUUUUUUCAAUCUCCAUGCCUCACUCUCGCACCACUGAAGUCGUUCAUGGCUUUUUCUCCAAAAGCCGCACAAAAAGAGAUCCCUAAUCUUCCUUGUUUUUGACGAGAUCUUUUCCCAUAAAUAUCUCACUGCAUCGAGGAUAUUUUUUAUCAUAUUCUCUUUCUCUCGCUGUCUUCUUCUUCUCCUUCUUUUAUCGCACCAUUUUCGCUCAAACCAAAUUUCAAACUUCUCAGUGAUUCAUUUAUCGUUUUCUCCAUUAAUUUAUCGCGUCUUGUUCUGAUUAAAUAGAAUUUCACUGUAAAACGGUUUUUCAGUGAGUUCUAGUCGUUUUUGGUCAGAUUUUUGGCCCCUUUUGGCGGGACUACAACUUUGCUGUGUUUUCUAACUCCAUUUUGACGGGAAUUGGAAGAAAAGCGGUUUUACUGUAAAUUUCGGCUGUUUUUCCCUCGUUUUUGGCGGUUUUCGGUGGUUCUUGAUUACUGUAAGGUAUUCGACCUCGGUCUUCUAUCUAUUGUUGGGAGAAUUCAUAGAAAUCGGGAAAUGAGCGCUGGAUCUGGGCCAUUAUUGGCAAUUGAGCUUAAAUUUUAGAGCUAUUUUAUAUUUGAAAGGUGCUUCUCUUUAUCAGACUUUGAGCAGUGAGGUUGGUGUCUUCCUCAACAACAACUAUGGCAACCACUGCCAAAGUCAAUGGUUCUUCCGUGGAUGUUGCUUCUCAGAAGGUUCCUUCCAUAGCUCAUCCUGUUGCAGUGGAGGCAUCAGAAAUAGCAUCAAACAUCAAUUACCAUGCGAAAUAUAGCCCUCAUUUCACUCCUUUCAACUUUGCACCAGAGCAAGCAUAUUAUGCCACUGCAGAGAGUGUUCGCGACCAACUUAUUCAACGGUGGAAUGAAACUUACUACCAUUUUCACAAAGUUGAUCCAAAGCAGACAUAUUACCUGUCAAUGGAAUUUCUUCAAGGCCGAGCUUUAACAAAUGCCAUUGGUAACCUUGGUAUUCUAGGUCAAUAUGCUGAUGCUUUGAACAAAUUGGGGCAUGACCUUGAGGACAUAGCGGAGCAGGAGAAAGAUGCAGCGCUGGGUAAUGGAGGCUUGGGUAGACUUGCCUCUUGUUUUUUAGAUUCAAUGGCUACUUUGAAUCUUCCUGCAGGGGGUUAUGGCUUGCGAUACAGAUAUGGACUGUUUAAACAGAGGAUUACAAAGGAUGGCCAAGAAGAAGUUGCUGAAGACUGGCUUGAGAAGUUCUGUCCAUGGGAGGUUGUCAGGCAUGAUGUCAUUUUUCCUGUGAGAUUUUAUGGCCAUGUGGAGGUUCGUAAGGAUGGAUUUCGAAAAUGGGUAGGAGGAGAGGUGAUUCACGCAUUGGCAUAUGAUGUGCCCAUUCCUGGUUAUAGGACCAAAAAUACAAUCAGUCUUCGCCUUUGGGAAGCAAAAGCUGUUGCAGAGGAUUUCAACCUUUCUCAUUUUAAUGAGGCAUUAUAUGAAUCUGCCGCCCAUCUUCAUUCGAAAGCUCAGCAGAUAUGCGCUGUUUUGUAUCCUGGGGAUGCCACAGAAGAUGGAAAGGUCCUACGAUUGAAGCAACAAUUUUUCCUCUGCAGUGCAUCUCUCAAGGAUAUAAUAUUCAGAUUCAAGGAAAGGAGAGGCGACAAUGGCUCAAUUGUUUGGUCUGAAUUUCCUAACAAAGUAGCAGUACAGCUGAAUGAUACCCAUCCUACCCUUGCAAUUCCAGAACUGAUGAGACUUUUGAUGGAUGAUGAGGGUCUCGGAUGGGAUGAAGCAUGGGAUGUGGUGUCAAGGACAAUUGCUUAUACCAAUCACACGGUACUCCCUGAAGCACUGGAGAAAUGGCCGCAAUCUCUGAUGUGGAAACUUCUUCCAAGGCAUAUGGAAAUUAUUGAAGAAAUAGAUAAGCGGUUUUUGGGAAUGGUACAUUCUACACGACCUGAUCUAGCAAGCAAGAUCCAAAGCAUGCGUGUCUUGGAUUCUUCCAAUCCUCAAAAGCCUGUUGUGCGCAUGGCAAACUUGUGUGUGGUAUCUUCUCACACGGUGAAUGGCGUUGCUGAGUUGCACAGUGACAUAUUGAAAUCAGAGUUGUUUGCAGACUAUGUUUCAUUAUGGCCGAACAAGUUUCAGAAUAAGACCAAUGGCAUCACUCCAAGAAGAUGGCUCCAAUUUUCCAGCCCUGAAUUGAGUUCUAUAAUAACCAAAUGGUUGAAAACAGAUGAAUGGAUUACUAACCUCGACCUCCUUUCUGGGCUUCGCCAAUUUGGUGAUGAUAAGGAUUUACAUGCUGAAUGGGCAUCAGCCAAGAUGGCUAAUAAACGCCGCCUGGCUCAAUAUGUCUUGCAAGUUACAGGUGUAACUAUCAAUCCUAAUAGCCUCUUUGACAUACAAGUCAAACGCAUUCAUGAGUAUAAGAGGCAGUUGUUAAAUAUACUGGGAGCUAUAUACAGAUACAAGAAUCUAAAGGAGAUGAGCCCAGAAGAGCGUAAGAAGAUGACACCACGCACCAUAAUGAUUGGAGGAAAAGCUUUUGCGACAUACACAAAUGCAAAAAGAAUUGUCAAGCUGGUGAAUGAUGUUGGAGAUGUGGUCAACAAGGAUCCAGAAAUUGGCAAUUUAUUGAAGGUUGUCUUUGUUCCGAAUUAUAAUGUAUCAGUUGCUGAAAUGCUGAUACCCGGCAGUGAGCUGUCUCAACACAUAAGCACAGCAGGCAUGGAGGCAAGUGGAACAAGCAACAUGAAGUUUGCUCUAAAUGGGUGCCUCAUAAUUGGUACAUUGGAUGGUGCCAAUGUUGAGAUCAGAGAAGAAAUUGGGGAAGAGAAUUUUUUCCUAUUUGGUGCCACAGCCGAUGAGGUUCCAAAGUUGCGCAAGGAGAGAGAACAAGGACAUUUCAAACCAGAUCCUCGUUUUGAAGAAGCGAAGCAGUACAUUAGGAGUGGUGCAUUCGGGAGCUACGACUACAAUCCGCUUCUUGAUUCUUUGGAGGGGAAUUCUGGUUAUGGUCGUGGAGAUUACUUCCUUGUCGGUCAUGACUUCCCAAGCUACAUGGAUGCUCAAGAUAGGGUCGAUAAAGCAUACAAAGACAAAACAAGGUGGUUGAAGAUGUCCAUACUGAGCACUGCAGGCAGUGGCAAAUUCAGCAGCGACCGGACCAUUUCACAAUAUGCGAAGGAGAUCUGGAAUAUUGAGGAAUGCAUUGUUCCAUAAACGACACAGGCACGUUCUCUCUCUCUCUCUCUGUCUCUGAGAAAUAAGGAUGGAUCCCCACAAAUAUAGAUGCAGAAUAAUUGGAGAUCCAGGUGAAUCAGUGGAUUUACCUUAUAUUACUACGUUACCAAGCAAGUCUUCUCUCUCUCUCUCGUUGUCUCUGAGAAAUAAGGAUGGAUCCCCACAAAUAUUGAUGCAGUAUAAUUGGAGAUCCAGGUGAAUCAGUGGAUUUACCUUAUAUUACUACGUUACCAAGCAAGUCUUCUUUAUGUAAGAACCCACUUUCUUAAGAUUACAGUCUAAAUGUAACUGUGAUUGGAUCUAUACUGUUUGGAGUAUUUGCCAUGAAAUCAUGAUUUUACUUGAGGUGAGAACCG